UUUGUGCUCAUUUUCUAGACAAAAAAAAACUUCUGCAAAUUUCUGUUGUGAAAUUGCGUCGUGUUUUGGGAGAAAAAUCAGCGCCAGUCGCUUUUACAUAACGUGUUGCAAUUAAAAUCCGCGUUAAAAUGGCUUCAUUCUGCUUGUCCCGCUGUUGUGCCCUUCGAGGCUCAACCGCGGUCGGAUGGUCCUUCGUACCAUCGGAACAAGCCGCGUUUCGUUGGCCGGUGAAGGAGAACGACCCCGCCAAUGAUCGACCUGGAGGACAAGUCGCUCCCGAUCCCAAUCUACAAGGAGAAGCACAAUGAACCUUUGAAGUUGCAGAAAUCUCGCUUGCUGUACCAAUCUCGGAAGCGCGGCAUGCUCGAGAACGGUCUGCUGCUGAGCACGUUUGCGGCCAAGUAUCUGGAGUCGCUGGACGCGCGGCAGACCAAGCUGUACGACACCCUGAUCAAUAUGCCCACGAACGAUUGGGACAUCUUCUACUGGGCGACCGGAGUGAAGCCGACGCCGCAGGAGUACGACAACGAAAUUAUGAACAUGCUCAAGGAGCACGUGAAGAAUGCGAAUAAGGAAAAGCGGCUUUGCCAGCCGGCUUUGUAUUAGACUACUUAAAAAUGGAACAAUAAAGCUUUAUUUAAAUUAA